AUGACCAAGGCAUGCAUGCAUGGAGCCCUGAUUCCGGGCACCGUUGACUCCGGGGAUUACUACAUUCGGUUUCUUUUGUACUUUCUUUUACUUUCUCCAGUCGAGGAACCCCCUUCUUUGCCUCGGGCAAACUGCUGCAUCGAAUCGACCUCGCAGGAGCUUAGACGGUUCGACCCCGAAGGCCAAAAUCAAUGUUUUACCAACAUCGACUAUAUUGAGCGAAAGUCCAUCGGAGGUACAAGCUUCGCGGAUGAAUACCCGAGUCACAAGUUCCAGGCUUGUGACUCGGAGUCCCUAGACGUUCCAGAGUUUCUACUGACAUCUAACGCACAAACGGACGGCUCGACUUUUGGUUCUGCGUCGAAGUCCGAAGAAAUCCCACAACUAUUAGAUCCACCCUGGUUUCAGCCUACGUCGAUGAUGAAUAUCAUUUCUCCGGUCAGUUCGGAUGAUACGACCUGGACUUCACCAUCGCUGGAGUUUGACUUCAAUAGCCCCGUCAUCGAGACCACAUGGUCACAGUCUGGGGUUUCUCAACUGGACAAGGUGGCAUGGGCGAGAGAAGACCCGAGUUUCAAUACAGCCAACAUCGCUACCAUGGACACCGUCCAACAGCCGCCGCCACAAUUCGCUCCAGAAACCAGCCUCUUGGACGGUGCUCAACAACCACUACGAUCGUCUGCCAUCGGGAUUGAACUGCGCACAAUGGAAGAUCGCCCGCCCGGGUUUUCAUCACGCGAGUGGCGCAUGAUUGUCAGGCCGGAGAAGUGCCCUAAGUGCCAGAAGGGUCACUCGCAUCGGUCUGAGCUCAAGAAGCACAUACUCGUCCACCACCCGGAGCUCGCUGCGGAAGCUCCGAUCCUGCAGGAGGCUGGGGUUGCUGGGCCGCAGGAUCACAGGCAGUCGCUCCUAACCCCAAACGAACCAGGCCACCGGUAUUGCGGUGAGGCCACCCUAAUGAUCCUUCGAUGUGGCAUUCGCAGCAUUGGCACGCUGCCUGUUCCGACCUGCGGCGGGUGCUUAGUUGAUAUCAGACAUGAAUACCGGUCCUCCGGCUCCGACGGCCCCACUUCGGCAAACCUCUCCGGCCCGUCGCGGCGGAGGUGCCCCGCUCUUCCGCUGCGGACCAGUGCGGCCGAUGCGAUUCCGGAUGGAGUAAUUCGGUAA